CAUCCGGCAUCAUGAGCAGGGCAGUAACAGUAGUACACUAGUGCUAGUUAGGAAUGGUCCACGGCAUCCACUGCCUUGGUCCCGGCCAUGUUCCGCGACGGUUCGGUCACGGGAGCAGGUGCGGACGCCGCCCCUGGGGCAUCGCGCACGCUAUGCUACCAUCCUCGCCGCAAGCAAACAACGAGCCACCUCCUCCCCUCCCCGGUCGCCUUUUGUGCGUACCCGUCCGUGAUCGCAGAUAGUCCGCCGCGCUACAGCGGUUACAGUGGUCUCGUGCUCCCUCGUGCAGUCGUGCGAGCACGCAUGCUCGUCCAAAGCAGGGGCCGGGGCUGGGGCCGGGCUAGCUACUGCCACUGGCAGUAGCAGGCAGCAGCGUCCGUCUAUAUACCCCGAUACCCCGUCUCUCUCUCUCUCAUGCAUGCACACUACUCACAUUCCCUUGUCUCUUGCAUUGUCAGAUCCUCCGUGCCAGCUAGCUAGCUUGCAUUGUCAGAUCUAUCUAUCCACCGUACCACACGGUCCACAGCAGCGCGCUAACUUAACAAUGGCGGCCGCCGCUCGCCUUCUUCUUGGCGUCCUUGCGCUUCUCGCCGCCGUGCAAGCGGUCUACGGAAAGAGCGCCGUGCUGUCUCUGCGCGAGUUGGAUGGACGACGGGGUGCCGCUACGGAGACCUGGAGCCGCCGCUACGGCGACGCAAAGCUUGCUGAAAUGCUAGGAGAGCACAAGAAAGCAGGGGCAGCAAGAACAGCGACCACCGUGCUAGAGCUCAAGCGCCACUCCCUCGUUGCCAUCCCUGACGACGAUCCCGCCGCCCACGACCGCUACCUCCGCCGUCUCCUCGCAGCCGACGAAUCGCGUGCCAACUCAUUCCAGCUCCGCAUCCGCAACGACAGGGCAGCGGCAGCGUCCACGCAGUCCGGCUCGGCAGAGGUCCCGCUAACCUCCGGCAUCCGGUUCCAGACGCUCAACUACGUCACCACCAUCGCGCUCGGCGGCGGCAGCUCCGGCUCCCCCGCCGCGAACCUCACCGUCAUCGUGGACACGGGAAGCGACCUCACCUGGGUGCAGUGCAAGCCCUGCUCCGCGUGCUACGCGCAGCGCGACCCGCUCUUCGACCCUGCGGGCUCCGCCACCUACGCCGCGGUCCGGUGCAACGCCUCCGCGUGCGCGGCCUCCCUCAAGGCGGCCACCGGCACGCCGGGCUCCUGCGGGGGAGGCAACGAGAGGUGCUACUACGCGCUGGCCUACGGCGACGGGUCCUUCAGCCGCGGCGUGCUCGCCACGGACACGGUCGCGCUCGGCGGCGCCAGCCUGGACGGGUUCGUGUUCGGGUGCGGGCUCAGCAACCGUGGCCUGUUCGGCGGCACGGCGGGGCUCAUGGGCCUCGGCCGCACCGAGCUGUCGCUAGUCUCCCAGACCGCGUUGCGGUACGGCGGCGUGUUCUCCUACUGCCUGCCGGCGACCACCUCCGGUGACGCUUCGGGCUCGCUCUCCCUGGGCGGAGACGCGUCGUCCUACCGCAACACGACGCCCGUGGCGUACACCCGCAUGAUCGCCGACCCGGCGCAGCCGCCCUUCUACUUCCUCAACGUCACCGGCGCGGCCGUCGGUGGUACCGCCCUCGCGGCGCAGGGGCUCGGCGCCAGCAACGUGCUCAUCGACUCCGGCACGGUGAUCACGCGCCUGGCGCCGUCCGUCUAUCGCGGCGUGCGCGCCGAGUUCACGCGCCAGUUCGCCGCGGCCGGCUACCCGACAGCCCCGGGGUUCUCGAUCCUGGACACGUGCUACGACCUGACGGGGCACGACGAGGUGAAAGUGCCGCUGCUGACGCUGCGGCUGGAGGGCGGAGCAGAGGUGACCGUGGACGCAGCCGGGAUGCUGUUCGUGGUGAGGAAGGACGGCUCACAGGUGUGCCUGGCCAUGGCGAGCCUGUCGUACGAGGACCAGACGCCCAUCAUCGGCAACUACCAGCAAAAGAACAAGAGGGUGGUGUAUGACACGGUGGGGUCUAGGCUAGGCUUCGCCGACGAGGACUGCAACUAUGUAUAGAGAGGGAGGACUGGAGGAGGAUGUGGAGAGGGGAUGAGUGAAAUAUCGGAUGAUGCCUAGUUAUCUGUUGUAUAAGCUAUGUCCACCUAACUACUGAGUGUAGUUUGAUGAAAUUUCAUAGUUUUUAAUAA